CGCGUUCAAAUUACACUAGGAUUCCAUGAUAUAUAACCUAGAGGAAUGCGUCAAACAAACUAGUUGAGGGGCGACCUUGGAGCGCUUCGAAAAAUGGACCGGAACAGGAGCCCUGCAAAAGCCAGGAGCAACGGGCAUGCCUCGCCAGGCAAAAUGCCGUCAGCAAAACUCCCGCCGCUUCGGGGAGGGAGCGGGAGCGGGCCGACGUCGGUGUUGCAGCAAGGAGCAAGCGGCGCCAUGCCACCCAUAAUCUCCACGGAGCACAGCCAGCGGCCCGGAACCCUUCCGCCCAUCAGCAGUCCUCAUGGAGGCGGCGCUCCAGCCGGUGCCCAGGCACGACAGGCAUCGCCGCCGCAUGAGACCUCGGCGCAUAUGCUGACGGAAGCAAGCAUGGCGCAGAACUCCCUGGCGGCAAUUAUGUCUUUCAUCGAGCCGGAGUUCAAGCACCGCAUCUUUCGGGGCACUGACGUGAUUGAGUACUACGCCAAGUUCGGCCACGAUGCCAAAGUGAAGAUGUUCCACUGCAUCAAAGCCAACCCGCACGGCGCCGGCAGCCCCUACGACUUGCUCGUCCUCGCGAAGGAGGCGCUGCCGCCGCCGCGGGCCGGCAGCAGCUACUACACCAUGUCGGCGUCAGGAGUGGUGCAGAUCUUUGCGGACGGGUCGCCAGCGGAGUACACGCCCAUUGGCGAGUGGGUCCGUGAGACGUCCGUGUACAACAUGAUGAAGCAGCUGCCCUUCUUCCGGAACUACAUGGCACAGCGCUACCUGCGCAUGUGGCGCUCGGCGGCACGCAGCAGUCACUUUGAGCGCCUGCGGGCCAAGAUGGAGGGGCGCAUGCUGGUGGCCAAACCCGAGUUCUGCUUCACCAUCAUGGACAUCGGCGCCAAGGUGUGGCAGAUGCAGCAGGUGGAGCUGGCGGAGGUGCCCAAGGAGGGCCCCGUGCCGCUGGCCGAGUUCAACGCGCUGCAGGACGAGCUGCGCAAGAACAAGGCCACCUACCACCUGGGCAACCUGCUGGUGGCGGUGGAGCGCGCGCUACUGCGCUUGAUCAACGACGUGCGCAAGAACUGCGAGUGGCUCACCAAGGAGGUGGCGGAGCUGGAGCGGGAGACCAACCCGGUGCUGGCGGCCUCACACGCGCCCAGCUCGGCGCCAAGCAGCAAGCCGGGCCGCAGCAUUCUCAAGGCGAAGACAGAGAAGCUGGAGAAGAGCAAGGCGCUGCGGCAGGCGCAGCAGGAGGUGUCACUGCUGGUCAACAUGGUGCGCCUGGCCGACUACAUGUGCUGCGAGGGGUCGCUGUCACUGCUGCUGCGCACGCUGGAGGGUCUGCGCGACACGUUUGAGUCCAAGGCCAUCCUGCUCACACAGCUGUCCUUCGACCUGGACUCGCCCUCGCUCACGGAGGCGGCGGCCGCGGCUGCCGCCGCGCCGAGCGGCAGCGCUGACGUUGGCGCGGUGGGCGGCGGUGGCGGCGAGGGCGGCAUGGGGCAGGUGGCGUUCCACGCCAGCGAGGAGGAGGUGCGGCAGGCGCUAACGGUGGACCUGGUGGAUGCGCUGAAUGAGGUGAUCAAGACGCUGCCCAGGCUGCCGCAGCAGGAGUCGCUGAAGCCGUUGUUCGUGGCGGAGGCGGCCAGCGCUGCCGGCGGCGCGGCCGGCCAUCACAGCCUGGGUGGGCACCACGGUGGCGCGGGCAGCGGGCUCAACGCUCACGGCGGCGGUGGCAGUGCGGGCAGCGCGCACCCAAUCCUGGUCCGCGUGGGGCCGGAGAUGACGACCAUGCUCAUGGGCUACCGGCCUCUGCAGAAGGCCCGACUGGGUCUGGGCCAGGUGGUCAGCAAGGCCUUCCGCGACGCACGCGCUGCGGCUAGCCGGUAUGCCGGCAUGCGUGUCAUUGCGGCCUUUGCCGCCACCUUCGACGGCAACGCCUACCGCGGCCAGCAGCGGGACGUGGCACAGUUUCGGCGGGACAUGGCGCUGCUGCGGAGCUGGCAGGACGAUCUUGUGGCGUACAAGGCGGGCUACGACGGACUGCUGCUGCACCUGUCCGUGUCGGAGAUGCAGGAGCUGCUGAGCACCACGCUGGACGAGGCCAUGGGCUGCCUGCGCCUGCUGCUGACGGCGGCGGCGCACAACUCCGCGCAGUCGGCGCUGGACGAGUUCCAGGGCCUGGCCACCAACCUGGGCGGCCGGCCGCAGAAGCUGGACGAGUUCGCGGCCUACUAUGCCAGCUUCACGCAGACUAUGAGCGGCAAGGACGCCAUCGAGCGGCAAUACAAUAUCGUGCUCAACAUGUACGAGAUGCUGAUUGAGUACGGCGGCAAGCUGCCACCGGCGGACCAGGUGGCGCUGGACGACCUGAAGGAGGUAGUGGCGGGCUUCCACCGCGCCCUCAGCGAGGCCUCCACCUGGGUGGACGAGCGGCGGCCGGCCAUGACACACGCGCUCAGCAAGGCCAUCCGCGACGUGGUGGACCGGCUGCAGGACAUGAUCCGCGACCUGCGCAGCGGCAAGUACGACAACGCAGGCGCCGCGCCGGCCGAUGUGCUGGGGCAGCUGGCCAGCGCCACGGAACUGUUCGACUCCAUCUCCGAGAAGGCGGCCCGGUACCGGGGCUAUGAGGAGCUGUUCGGGCAGCAGCCCAGCCGCGGCCUGGAUGACGUGGAGCAGGCGAACAAGGAGCUGUCAGCGGCGCGCGCCAAGUGGCAGUCGCUGGCGGACUUUGAGGCGAGCCGCGAGGGCUGGAUGACGUCGCCCACGUCGGAGCUGGACCCGGAGCAGGUCCAGGCCAAGAUGGACGACUUCAACCGCACCAACUACAAGGCGCUCAAGGCCCGGAAGGACGAUCCGGUGGCUGGGCGGCUCAAGACAUCGCUGGACGAGUUCCAGAAGGUGCUGCCGCUGCUGCAGGAGGUGGCCAACAAGGCGCUGGAGAAGCGGCAUUGGGAUCAGAUUAUGGCGAUGCUGGGGCAGACGGAGGCAGAGUCGUUCAACGUGCAGGACCUCCUUGUGUGGGGUGUACUGGACCACCUCGAGGCGGUAUCCAACAUCGGCGGCAUUGCUACCAAGGAGGCGUCCAUGCUCAAGACGCUGGACAAGAUGGAGCACGAGUGGGAGGGGCUGGACUUCCGUGUGCUGCCGUACAAGGACUCGGGCGCCUUCAUCCUGGGCGGCACAGACGACAUCCAGACUGUGCUGGACGACCAGAUCGUCAAGAUCCAGGCCAUGAACGCCUCGCCCUUUGUCAAGCCCUUCAAGGAGCGCGCGUCCGCCUGGGAGUCAACGCUGCAGAACCUGCAGGACAUGCUGGACAACUGGCUCAAGUGCCAGGCCACCUGGCUGUACCUGGAGCCCAUCUUCAGCAGCGACGACAUCGUCAAGCAGAUGCCCGAGGAGGGAGACAAGUUCAGGCAAGUUGAUGCCAUGUGGCGGCGCAUGAUGAAGAACGCGCACCACGCGCCCGCCGUCAUUCCCAUCGCGCGCGAGAAGGAGCGGCUGGACCGGCUGGUGGAGGCCAACCAGAUGCUGGACGCCAUCCAGAAGGGCCUUGCGGCGUACCUGGAGAAGAAGCGCCUGUUCUUCCCUCGGUUCUUCUUCCUGUCCAACGACGAGAUGCUGGAGAUCCUGUCGGAGACCAAGGACCCCACGCGCGUACAGCCGCAUCUGAAGAAGUGCUUCGAGGGCAUCAACACGCUCACCUUCACGCCGCAGCUUGUCAUCACCGCCAUGAACUCAGUGGAGCAGGAGUCGGUGCCAUUCAAGCACCCCAUCGACACCAACAAAGCCCGCGGUGCCGUGGAGCGGUGGCUGGUGGAGGUGGAGGAGGCCAUGUUCGCAUCCAUCCACGACGUGAGCGGCCGCGGCCUGGAGGACUACGUCACGCGGCCGCGGCACGAGUGGGUUCUGCAGUGGCCCGGCAUGGUGGUGCUGGUGGUGACUGCCAUCUUCUGGACCAGGGGCGUGGAGAAGGCGCUCAAGGGCGAGGACGGCACGCUGAAGCAAUACGAGGAGCGGUGCACGUCGGACCUGCUGCGCACCGUGGACCUGGUGCGCGGCGAGCUGACGGGGCUUCAGCGCGCCACGCUGGGCGCCCUGGUGGUGAUGGACGUGCACGCGCGCGACGUGGUGACGGCCAUGGUGGCCAAGACCGUCACCACCGCCGCCGACUUCGAGUGGCAGGCGCAGCUGCGCAGUUACUGGGAGGAGAACGAGGCGGCGCUGGCGCACGGAGGCGACAGCAGUGGCCGGCAGGGUCCCACGGUCAUGAUGCGCAUGAUGAGCGCGGUGCUGGAGUACGGCUACGAAUACCUUGGCAACAGCAGCCGCCUGGUCAUCACGCCGCUCACGGACCGCUGCUACCGAACGCUCAUGGGCGCGAUCCACCUGACGCUAGGCGGCGCACCCGAGGGCCCCGCCGGCACCGGCAAGACCGAGACCACCAAGGAUCUGGCCAAAGCGCUUGCGCGCCAGUGCGUUGUGUUCAACUGCUCCGACUCGCUUGAUUACCAGGCCAUGGGCAAGUUCUUCAAGGGCCUGGCCAGCAGCGGCGCCUGGGCCUGCUUCGACGAGUUCAACCGCAUCGACCUGGAGGUGCUGUCGGUGGUGGCGCAGCAGGUGCUGGACAUCCAGCGCGCCAUCCAUGCCCGGCUUCGGCGGUUCACGUUUGAGGGCACGGAGAUGCAGCUCAAAUGGAGUGCUUGGUGUGCCAUCACCAUGAACCCCGGCUAUGCCGGUCGCUCCGAGCUGCCCGACAACCUGAAGGCGCUCUUCCGCACGGUGGCGAUGAUGGUGCCCGACUACGCCAUGAUCAGUGAAAUUAUACUGUACAGCAACGGCUACCUCAUGGCCCGCGACUGCGCCAAAAAGAUUGUGCAGUGCUACAAGCUGUGCUCGGAGCAGCUGUCCAGCCAGGACCACUACGACUACGGCAUGCGCGCGGUGAUGGCCGUGCUGCGCGCCGCCGGCAACCUCAAGCGCCGCUUCCCUGCCGAGGACGAGUACGUGCUGAUGCUGCGCUCCAUCAUCGACGUGAACCUGUGCAAGUUCCUGUCGCACGACGUGCCGCUCUUCAACGGCAUCAUCUCGGACCUCUUCCCAGGUGUGGUGCUGCCCAAGCCCGACUACGCGGCAAUGGAGACGGCGCUCAAGGAGGCGUGCGUGACGCAUAACCUGCAGCCCACCGAUUACUUCCUGCUCAAGUCGAUCCAGCUGUACGAGAUGAUCGUGGUGCGGCACGGCCUGAUGAUCGUGGGCCUGCCCUUCGCCGGCAAGACCUCCUCGUACCGGGUGCUGGCGGACGCGCUGACCAUCAUGGAGACCCGCGGCGAGGAGGGGCAGCGCAAGGCCGAAUACCACGUCAUCAACCCCAAGUCCAUCACCAUGGGCCAGCUGUACGGCCAGUUCGACCCCAUCAGCCACGAGUGGACAGACGGCGUGCUGGCGGUCACCUUCCGUCAGGUGGCGUCCAACCCCGAGCCGCACCGCAAGUGGCUGGUGCUGGACGGCCCGGUGGACGCCAUCUGGAUUGAGAACAUGAACACGGUGCUGGACGACAACAAGAAGCUGUGCCUCAACAGCGGCGAGAUCAUCCAAAUGAGCGCAUCCAUGAACAUGAUCUUCGAGGUGAUGGAUCUGGCUGUGGCCUCGCCCGCCACCGUGUCGCGCUGCGGCAUGGUCUACCUGGAGCCGCACCAGCUGGGCUGGCGGCCGCUCGUGGUGAGCUGGCUAGCGACGCUGCCGCCGCACAUGGGCGAGAGCCACCGCAAACACCUGCUGGGGCUGUUCGACUGGCUGGUGCCUGUCAGCCUGCGCUUCCUGCGCCGUGAGCUUAAGGAGUCGGCACCGACGCUGGACGCCAACCUCGUCAACACGCUCAUGCGCUACAUCACCGCCUCCUUCGACCACCUGCAGGAGGAGGAGAGCUACAAGAAGGCGCAGGACAAGGUGACCCUGCACCUAGAGUCCCUGUUCCUGUUCGCGCUGGUGUGGUCGGUGGGCGGCAGCGGCGCCGAAAACAGCGCGCGCCACCACUUUGACGGCUUCCUCCGCGCCGCGGUGGCGGAGCAGCUGCCGGGCUACCAGUCGCCCUCGGGUGAGAAGUACACCCUGCCCGAGGACAUUCCCGCGGACCACGCGAAGCUCAAGGCGGCCCAGAUGAUGCCGACAGCCAUCGCCGGUGCCGACCCGCCGCCGGGCGGCGCCUACUCGGUGUACGACUUCUUUUUCGACACCGUCAAGGACACAUGGCGGCUGUGGACUGAGCUGAUCGACACCAAGCCCAUCCCCGCGGAUGCGAAGUUCAGGCGCAUCAUCAUCCCCUCUAUUGACACGGUGCGCUACACUUACCUGCUCGACAAGGGCAUCACCCACUCGCAGCCGGUGCUCAUCUGUGGACCCACCGGCACAGGCAAGUCGGUGCUGGUACAGAAGUACUUGUACGGCCUGCCCGCCGACAAGUACGUGCCGCCAAACAUCAUCGGCUUCUCCGCGCGCACCACCGCCAAUUCCACACAGCACCUCAUCGACGCCAAGCUGGACCGCCGUCGGCGUGGCGUGUUUGGGCCGCCCAUGGGUAAACAGGCGGUGGUGUUCAUCGACGACCUGAACAUGCCGCAGCUGGAGACCUACGGCGCCCAGCCGCCCAUCGAGCUGCUGCGGCAAUUCAUGGACCAUGGCGGCUGGUACGCGCGUGACAACACGUUCCGCCGCCUGGACGACGUGCUGUUUGUUGGCGCCAUGGGCCCGCCGGGCGGCGGCCGCAACCCCAUCACGCCGCGCUACCAGCGCCAUUUCAACCUGGUGACCAUAGUGGACUUUGACGAGCCCACGCUGGGCCGUAUCUUCUCCACACUGCUGGGCUGGCACCUGGACACCAAGAGCUUCCCGGCGAAUAUCAAGGAGCUGCGUGACCCCGUCAUCAGCGCCACGCUGUCCGUGUACACCAAGGUGGCGUCGCAGUUGCUGCCCACGCCCACGCGCUCGCACUACACCUUCAACCUGCGCGACAUCAGCCGCGUCAUGCAGGGCUUCCUGCUCCUGCCGCCGCAGCUGCUGGGUGCGCAGCCGGCUCAGGCCAAGGACAAGUACCUGCGGCUGUGGGCGCAUGAGAUCCUGCGCGUGUUCUACGAUCGCCUUGUGGACGACAAGGACCGCUCGUGGUUCCUGGCCUACCUGCGCACCGUGAUGAAGGAAAAGCUAGGCGCCGACUUCGACAAGCUGUUCGCACACCUGCGGCAGGAGGGCGCUGCCAGCCAAGAGGUCAACAUUGAGGACGUGCGCAAGUGUUUCUUCGGCGACUACAUGGACCCCAACGAUGAGCCCAUGCUGCGGCUGUACGACGAGGUGAUGGACGUGGCCGCGCUGCUGUCGCGUGUGGAGGAGCUGCUGAUGGACCACAACGCCACCUCUAAGCGCCCCAUGAACCUGGCCGUGUUCCUGUACGCGGUGGAGCAUGUGUCGCGCAUUGCACGUGUGCUCAAGCAGCCAGGUGGUCACCUGCUGCUGGUUGGUGUGGGCGGCAGCGGCCGCCAGAGCCUGGCCCGCCUCGCAGCCUUCAUCUGCGGGAUGGAGACCUUCCAAGUGGAAAUCAGCAAAAGCUACGGGCCGGCGGAGUGGCGUGAGGACCUGAAGCGCUUUGUGCGCAUCGCAGGCGGCGACAACAAGCAGGCGGUCUUCCUGUUCAGCGACACACAGAUUAAGGCGGAGGCCUUUGUGGAGGAUGUGAACAACCUGCUUAACAGCGGAGAGGUGCCCAACAUGUUCCCCUAUGAUGAGCGUGCGGCGGUGCUGGAGCAGUGCCGCAACUCGUCCAAGAAGGAGGGACUGGCGUUGGAGUCCGCAGUCGAUUUGUGGGCCUACUUCGUUGACAAGACCCGCGACAACCUUCACAUUGUGCUGGCCUUCAGCCCCAUUGGUGACGCCUUCCGUGAGCGCCUGCGCCAGUUCCCCAGCCUGGUCAACUGCUGCACCAUCGACUGGUUCACGGCGUGGCCCGACGACGCACUGGAGGCCGUAGCCAUGAAGUUCCUGCGCGAUGUGGACCUCACGCCCGACCAGCGCAACCAGGUCAUGCUGCAGUGCAAGAUGUUCCACGAAGAUGUGCGCCACCUGAGCGAUGCCUUCAAGGCCGAGCAGGGCCGCAUCAACUACGUGACGCCCACCUCCUACCUGGAGCUCAUCACCUGCUUCACCAACCUGCUGGGGGCCAAGCGCUCCGAGGUAUCCGCGGCCAAGCGGCGCUACGAGGUGGGCCUGGAGAAGCUGGACUUCACGGCGAGCCAGGUCAGCAUCAUGCAGGACGACCUGACGGCGCUCAAGCCGGUGCUCAUUAAGACCGUGGCUGAGACGGAGCGCCUGAUGGCCACCGUGUCCAAGGAGAAGACCGAGGUGGUUGAGCCCAAGAAGGCAAUCGUAGAUGAGGACGUAAAGAAGGCGGAGGCGUCGGCGGGCGCCGCAAACGCCAUCAAGACCGAGUGCGAGGACGCGCUGGCUGAGGCCAUUCCCAUCCUGGAGGCCGCCAUCUCUGCGCUGGACACCAUCAAGCCGGCGGACAUCAAGCUGGUGCAGAGCUUCAAGAACCCGCCCGGCGCCAUCAAGAUUGUGAUGGAGGCGGUGUGCGUUCUGCUGGACAUAAAGCCGCAGAGAGUCAAAGACCCGGGCGGCAGCGGCAAAAUGAUUGAGGACUAUUGGGGCAGUGCCCAGAAGCUGCUGGCGGAUCCCAAGUUUGUGCAGACACUCAAGGAGUAUGACAAGGACAGCGUGCCGCCCAAGAUCAUUGAGCGCAUCCGUCGUGACUUCACCUCCAACCCCGAGUUCACGCCCGCUAACGCCGCCAAGGCCUCCAGCGCGGCGGAGGGUCUGUGCAAGUGGGUGUGCGCCAUGGACAGCUACGACAAGGUGGCGAAGGUGGUGGCGCCCAAGCGCGCGGCGCUAGCGGAGGCAGAGGCCGAGUACGCUAAAGUGAUGGAGGCGCUGAAGGCCAAGCAAGCUGACCUGGCGGAUGUGAUGGGGCGACUGGCGACGCUGGAGGAGCAGCUGGAGAAAUCCAUGGCGGAGAAAGUGCGGCUGGAAGCCGAGACGGAGUUGUGUACGGCCAAGCUGGAGCGCGCGGAGAAGUUGAUCAGCGGGCUGGGAGGGGAGAAGACCCGCUGGACCGAGGCCGCGGCCAAGAUGGGCGCCCAGUACGAGUGCCUCACAGGAGACAUGCUCAUUGCGGCAGGCGUAAUCGGCUACCUGGGCGCCUUCACCGCCGCUUACCGCGAGCAGAUGGUGAACAAGUGGGUUGCGGCGUGCGCCGGCGCGAAAAUCCCGCGCUCUGCCACCUUCAGCCUGUCGGCGGCUCUGGGCGAUCCCGUCAAGGUCCGGGGCUGGACCAUCGACGGCCUUCCCAACGACUCCUUCUCCAUCGACAAUGCAAUCAUGGUGGACAACGGCCGCCGCUGGCCACUCAUGAUCGACCCGCAGAGCCAGGCCAACAAAUGGAUCAAGACCAUGGAGGGCCGUCGCGACCUGCGCGUCAUCAAGCUCACAGACAGUGACUACAUGCGCACGCUGGAGAAUGCGGUGCAGUUCGGUCUGCCGGUGCUGCUGGAGAACGUGGGAGAGGAGCUGGACCCCAGCCUGGAGCCGCUGCUGCUCAAGCAAGUGUUCAAGCAGGGCGGUCUGUCGUACCUGCGUCUGGGCGACACUACAGUGGAGUUCUCUGACCAGUUCAGGUUCUACAUCACGACCGCGCUGCGCAACCCGCACUACCUGCCCGAGACGGCGGUGAAGGUGACGCUGCUUAACUUCAUGAUCACACCCGACGGCCUGGCGGACCAGCUGCUGGGCGUGGUGGUGGCUCAAGAGCGGCCCGACCUGGAGGAGCAGCGCCAACAGCUGGUGGUGGAGAGCGCGGAGAACAAGAAGAAGCUGUCGGAGAUUGAGGACCGCAUCCUGCACGUGCUGUCCUCGUCUCAGGGCAACAUCCUUGAAGACGCGACCGCAAUCCAGAUCCUUUCGGAGGCCAAGGCGGUCUCCAACGAGAUCCAGAUCAAGCAGGAGGCGGCGGAGGUGACGCAGAAGGCCAUCGACGAGGCGCGCACCGGCUACGCGCCCUGCGGCGCCUUCAACGCCACUCUGUUUUUCUGCAUCCGCGACAUGGCGGCUGUCGACCCCAUGUACCAGUACUCCCUAGCCUGGUUCCUCAAGCUCUUCGUGCGCUCCAUCCAGCAGGCAGCCAAGGCAGACAACGUGUCUGAGCGGCUGGGGCAUAUCAACGACCACUUCACGUACGCGCUGUACCAAAACAUCUGCCGAUCGCUGUUUGAGAAGGACAAGCUGCUGUUUGCGUUCGUGCUGGCCAGCCGAAUACUGAUGAGCGGCACGGAGAGCCAACUGGACCCACACGCGUACGCCUUCCUGCUCACAGGCGGCGUGGGUGUGGCAGAGCGUGACGUGACACGGCCGUCGGGCGCGGACUGGCUCAGCGCCAAGGCGUGGGGCGAGCUGUGCCGCGCGCCCAACAUCAGCCCCGCCUUCGAGGGCUUGCCGGAGCUGGUGGCGGGCUGCCCCGACGAGUGGAAGACGCUGUUUGACAGCGUGGAGCCGCAGAACGUGGACCUGCCGCUGGGCUUCAGCGAUCGCCUGGGGCCCUUUGAUAAGGUGCUGCUGCUGCGCAUGCUGCGCCCUGACAAGGUGGUGCCGGCGGUGCAGCACUUUGUGGCUUCCUCGCUGGGGCCCAAGUUCACGGAGCCGCCGCCCUUCGACCUGGCGGGCUCCUACGAUGAGAGCAGCUGCACCGUGCCGCUGCUGUUCGUGUUGAGCCCUGGGUCCGACCCCACGGCGGCGCUGCUGCAGUUCGCGGAGAGCCGCGGCUAUGGUGCCAAGAUCUCAGUGAUCAGCAUGGGGCAGGGGCAGGGGCCCAAGGCGGCCGCGCUGAUCGAGGCGGCGCGCAAGGCGGGCACAUGGGUGCUGUUGCAGAAUUGCCACCUGGCACCCAGCUGGAUGACGGCGCUGGAGAAGAUCUGCGAGAGCAUCAGGCCCGACAACACGGAUGCGGACUUCCGGCUGUGGAUGACGUCCAUGCCCUCGCCGGCCUUCCCGGUCUCCAUCUUGCAGGGCAGCGUCAAGAUGACCAACGAGCCGCCUGCUGGUCUCAGGGCCAACCUGCGGCGGUCAUACGCGUUGGAGCCCCUCUGCAACCAGGACUUCUUUGAGGGCUGCCGGCAGCCCAAGGCCUUCAAGUCGCUGCUGUUCGGGCUGUGCUUCCUGCACGCCUUUGUGCAGGAGCGGAGGAAGUUUGGGCCCAUCGGCUGGAACAUCCCCUACGGCUUUGACGACGGCGACCUGCGCAUCAGCGUGCGGCAACUGUCCAUGUACCUGGAUGACGCCGCGCCGCAACCCCUGGAGGACGGCUCGCGGCCGCAGCAGGCCGCCGACACCGUGCCCUUCGCCGCACUGCAGUACGCCAUUGGCGAGUGCAACUACGGCGGCCGUGUGACGGACGACAAGGACCGCCGGCUGCUGCUCACGGCGCUGCAGCGCAUCUACCGGCCGGAGGCACUGGCGUUGGACACAGACAAGCCCUUCGCGCUGUCCGCGUCAGGCACGUAUGUGAUCCCGCCCGAGGGGCCGCACGCGUCGUUCCUCGACUACAUCUCCACGCUGCCCAUCUUCCCACUGCCCGAGGCGUUCGGGCUACACGAGAACGCCGACAUCACCAAGGACCUGCAGAACACCAACCUCAUGCUGGACACGCUGGUGCUCACCGGCGGCGGCGCGGGUGGCGGCGCCAAGGGCGGCGGUGGUGGCGGCGGCGCCAGCGACGAAGAGAUGGUGGCGGCCAUGGUGGAUGACAUCCUCAAGCGCCUGCCGCCCAACUUCGACAUUGAGAAGGCCCAGUCCAAGUACCCGGUGCGCUACGAGGAGAGCCUGAACCAGGUGCUGUGCCAGGAGAUGCUGCGCUACAACCGGCUGCUGGCCAUCAUCCGCUCCUCGCUCAUCAACCUGGGCAAGGCGCUCAGCGGGCUGCAGGUGCUGUCCAGCGAGCUGGACACCGUGCUCAGGUCCAUGGCCCUGGGUCAGGUGCCGGCGCUAUGGCGCGGCAAGUCCUUCCCCAGCCUCAAGCCGCUGGCGUCCUACGUGUCUGACUUGCUGGCCCGCCUGGACAUGCUGCAGUCGUGGUACGAGCACGGCCCGCCGCCCGUGUUCUGGCUGUCUGGCUUCUUCUUCACGCCGUCUUUCAGCACCGCGGCGCUGCAGAACUACGCACGAAAGCACAAGCUGCCCAUCGACACGGUGGGAUUCGACUUCGUGAUGAUGGGCACGGACCCGGCCGCCUACACGGAGCCGCCCGAGGACGGCGUGUUUGUGCAUGGCCUGUUCCUGGAAGGCUGCGCAUGGGACGCGUCAGCGAAGCAGCUCUGCGAAAGCAGGCCAAAGGUGCUGUUCGAGAACGCGCCGGUCAUUUGGCUGCAGCCCCGCCCCGCCGACCAAUUCGGCGAGUAUGAGGCCUACGACUGUCCCGUGUACCGCACAGCAGAGCGCAAGGGUGUGUUGGCCACCACCGGCCACUCCACCAACUUCCUCAUGAUGAUCCGCCUGCCGACGCAGCAGCCACAGCACCACUGGACAUUGCGAGGCGUGUGUAUGCUGUGCUCCCUGUCAGAUUAAGCGGUUUUGGGCGCUGGUUGCGCGGGCAACUUGCCUGAUGUGGGCAAUCGUGUGUGGUAGAUAUAAACACGGUGUAAGUAGUUGCCUGGAUUGCCGGUGGCGGACCUGUCGCGUGCAGCUUUGGUUGGCUGCGCGGUUUACAUGUGUUCUGUGUAGGUGAGGUACUUGGUUCCUCACCCAAGCCGGGGCUGAACUUAUUGGAUCGUCUCUGCUGGUGCCUGCUGCGUUUGUUUGCGUGGGCAGAUGCAGUUAGACUGUCAUGUGUCUCUUCAUCGAUUUCACGAAACUGCUACCAGCGAUGUAGGCAAGCGCUGCGUGAAAUGCGUCUACCAAUGAGUUGGGAGUCAAUCUAAAACGAUAGCAUAUACGAAAGCAUAUAGGCUUUGUAAAGCUGCUCGUGG